CGGUUUUCUGAGCGCGGCGCUCGCGCAGAUUUAACGCUUGUAGUUUCAGUGUUUCUUUUUCUUUUGGCCCAUUCGGAUGUGGCCACGGCGCGCUGUCCGUUCAAUUUAUUACUUAUUAUUAUAAAUAUUGUUAUUCUUGUUGUCAUUAUUAUAAUUAGUUAAGCUUUAAAAUUUUGCCCAUUGCCCUUUUGUUAAAGCUGUUUCUUAUUAUUGGUGUAGUAGUUGUUGUUUUGUGUUCCAGCUACAACAAAUUUGCGUUUUGUGGGAGAUGGCCGAAACGAUCAGCUCAGCCGCUAGCAUGGAUCUUGCACUUAAGGAUGCGACAGGUGGUGUGGGAGGCGGAGGAGGCAUUGGAGGUGGAGACGGUGGAGGACUCUUAGUAGACAUGUCGCCGACAGCAGCAGCUCUGCUGCAUCAUAAUGCCUUGGCCCUGCGUAGUCUAAAGGAAGUGGCAGCAGCAGCCGCAACGGCGACAGAAUCUGAGAAGCCGGAAGCCCGUUCCCCUACACCGACACCAACAAAUCUAUCUACGGGCCCCCAUUCGCCGCCCAUGACAUUCCGAUGCGAGCGUUGCGAUAAUUUUGAGACAACUUCACGAGCAUCCCUGCUGCUGCAUGUGGUCCAAUGUCUAGCCGGCCAGGCAGCAGUGGCUGCAGCAGCAGCGGCCACUGGGCGCCUGAAAAACGAGGAGCCGGAGAACAUGAGCAUUAGUCACAUGGAAACCAAUAGCAGCAACAAAACGGACAUAUCCACAGGUCUUUCGGGUGGUAAUGGCAAUGGCUCCAGUUCAUCGGCCAGUUCCUCGCCAGCGGGCAAUGGAAGUGGUAACAGCAGUUCUCGGAAGGUGUUCGAGUGUGAUGUGUGUAACAUGAAAUUCUCAAACGGAGCCAAUAUGCGAAGGCAUAAAAUGCGCCAUACGGGAGUCAAGCCGUACGAGUGUCGUGUAUGCCAAAAACGAUUCUUCCGCAAGGAUCAUCUGGCCGAGCAUUUUACAACACAUACCAAAACACUACCUUACCAUUGCCCCAUCUGUAAUCGCGGCUUCCAACGACAGAUUGCGAUGCGUGCCCACUUCCAGAACGAACAUGUGGGCCAACAUGACCUGGUUAAGACGUGCCCGCUUUGCAGUUAUCGUGCCGGAUCAAUGAAGUCUUUACGCAUACAUUUUUUUAAUCGGCAUGGCAUCGACUUGGACAAUCCCGGUCCUGGUGGAACUUCGUCACUUUUACUGGCCCUCGAAUCACAAGCUUCAGCGGCUGCGGCAGCGGCAGCAGCCAGUUACGUACCGCCUCCAAGUUUAAAUUCGGUUUCAGCACAAAUGAAGGGCGGCCAGAAUCCGCCACAGCAGCCUCCGCCACCAGCCAGUGACAGCGGCGAAUCCAUGCGUAGCCUGGAGAAUGCCACACCUCCCAUGCAUUUUCUUACACCUCAUGUAGAGAUCUCCACGCUGAACGAGAAUGGCAAUACGGAGCUAUUUAAUUUGAUUUGCGUAUGGCGUGAAUCUGCAUUGCAGGGUAACAACAACAACAAUAAUGGAAGUACUAGUGGAACGAAUGUUAGCUUGGAACCCAAUUGCGAAAAGGUCAAAGAACGUACGCUGAUGAUGGAAUCCCCAGUGGAUUUGCCCAUGGAUUGCAAUACAAAGGCUACACCUAUUACGUCCAGCAAUACAGCAUGCGCGUUGAGCUUAAAGAGUCAUAAUCACCAUCAUCACCUACAUCACCAUGAGAAUCACAUAACGCCCUCAAUUAGCCUUAUACCCAUUAAACAGGAGCCACUCCAACAAGAUGAGCUGGAUAAGAAGGAACAGAUCAAUGGCAGUGAUCCCAGUAGUGAUACAGAAGUUGCUUCCCUCAAUAAUAAUAAUUGCAAUGAUAACAACAACAGAAUCACCUCACUAAUCAAGGUCUCUCCCCUAAAAUCUCUACUUCGAGAAGAUCUAAAGCGGCGAAUAUGCGCAAAAGCAAAUAAUCGGAUCAGCAGAAAUGCCACACCAUUAGAGCAUAAUAACAACGUAUUGCCUCCACAGAAUAUGAGCAAUGGAUCGGGAUCAGCGUUAAAUAUGAACGGAGGGGGAAGCAAUGGGAGCGGCAAUGGUGGUGGUGGUGGUGGAAGCGGUGGGGCCUCAUCGCCUACCGCCCAAAGUAAUGGUGGCUCCACUCCCAUUUGCAAUGGGACGAUCACAUCAACAGGUCAGGAUGGAGACCUAUUAAUGAAUCGCAAACAAAUUCUCACCUGCCAUUUCUGCGGCAUUGAAUUCCCCGACGAGACGUUGUACUUCCUCCACAAGGGUUGUCACUGCGAAAGCAAUCCAUGGAAGUGUAACAUUUGUGGCGAACAGUUGAACAACGUUUACGAGUUCAACUCGCAUCUGUUGAGUAAGAGUCAUCAAUAGCAGCCACAGUUGGCCGGUAAGGACUAAGUAAGUGGGGCUUGCCGGCUUUAAAAGAAGAUGCAGCGGAUGAGGAAGCUUAAAACAAAGUCCACACACCCACACCCAAUACAUACAUAUAUACACACAUAUACACAUACGCAUAUAUACGCCAACCACAUACAAGUACACCAUUAUUAAGCCUAGUUAAAAAAAUUCUCUUGAACCAAGAAAAUAAGAAAUUAAUGAGAAUUAUGAGAGCUACGUAGUUACCUAAAAAUCCCCAUUAUCCCCAAGCCCGUGUCCAAAAUGAACCACAUUCUUUAGAAUGUCAGGGAGUGAUACUCUUCACUCAAAUACAUUUUCCCCCUAUUCCCCCCAGAAUCAAUUCUGUUAUGUAGUGUUAUUAUGGAUGCAAUUAGGUUGUAGAUAUUUUAGAAAUUUAAGUACUUGGCAAUAAUUUCCAGCCAGUUCAACUGGCCCUACGUAAACGCCGUUACAAAUGCCGUUGCGUAUUGUAGCGUAAUGCAACGUAAUGAAACGUAAGUUUUAAACUUGGGGUUAAAUUUGUUAUGUUUUCAGAGUUUAAUAGUGAGAUAUAAAUACAAAAACAUCGUCUUUGAUUAUAAAAGAAUAAACCUAUAUAUUAAAACAAAUAUAAACUAAAAUCGAUAUACACCAAGGAAUGUUAAAUAUACACCUUAUAGCGAGGUUAUGUAACACACACACACACUCAAACAAAAAGGAAAAAGGUAACCGGAAAAAUUAAAUUAUUAUAUUCGUACCUUUUUUCUUAGCUCUUAGUUAAAACUUAGCAUAACCGACAUAUUUGAAAAAAUUCGCACAGUGCUGCUCAAAAGUUUGCAUACAACUCCCACAAGAAAGAGAAUGAGUGACAAAAAAACUUUGUAAAACAAAAUAAAACAAAAAAAAACAUGAUAACAAAUGUGAUACAAAAUUGUUGUAAAUAAUUGGUAACCGACAAACAAAAGUGCAUAAUAUGAACUUUUAUUGUUAAAACAAAAAAUAUAUAUAUACAUAGAUAAAAGGAAAACACACAAAAUACUAUGCCUUAGAUGCCUAUGAUAUAGCAUUACAUAAAUAAUAAUAUAAUACAACGUAUACACUGUACAAAAAUCAAAUCAAAUCUGUUGAUUAGUCUAGUUAACUUUAGUAUAAAUCAAUCAAAAGAGUACCCUGUUCCCCAAAAUCCUCACCACAUCCUCUCUUGUACCAACCCUUUUUCCUGUCUCCCGCACUCAUUUAACGUACUUUGCUGACGCCUUUGCGGGUUGUAUGCAGCCUCCCGGCAGCUCUCAACUGUGCGCCAAAAAUUUUACUUCAGAUUUAUAAACAUCCGUCCAUGAGGUUCACAAAUUUCUAUAGUUAAUCAAAUA